GCCCGGUCGCCGCAGCUCGGGCGCAGAGGGCCGCCGCUGGGCCAGAAAGCCGAUUAUGAAGGCGGUCCCGCUGACUCCGAAGUUGGCCAAGCGGAAGGCACACGACCUCUUUCACGGUCCUUGAAACUGGGCGCGGUCCCCGGCCCGGCGACGCAGCUCCGCCCCCGUCGUCGCGCCGAUCUGGGCUCCCGCCGAAUCCCGCUGGAGCCCUCCGCCGCCGGGUGGGACCGGGCGUCUUCCCGCACGUGAACUCCGCGCGCCUGGCCCGCCGGUGCGCCACCGGCUGCGCUCCCCGCCACCAGGUGCUUGCCAGCCUGCAUUUCCAGACCGAAAGCAGUGCAGCUGGGGAAGGACUACUGGAAGCUCUAAACCCUGAGUCAUUAGAGUUCAGAGACAGCCUCACCAUGUGUGGGGGACUAAUUGAGAGGUAUGUGGCUGCCAUGGUGCUGAGUGCAACUGGAGAUGCCUUGGGGUACUUCAACGGGAAGUGGGAGUUCCUCUGCAAUGGGGAGAAGAUUCACCAGCAGCUGGCCAAGCUUGGUGGCUUGGAUGCCAUAGAUGUGGAGGGGUGGCGAGUCAGUGAUGACACGGUGAUGCACCUGGCUACGGCAGAAGCUCUUGUAGAAGCUGGAAAAGUCUCAGAGUUUGAUCGACUGUAUUCCCUUCUUGCUAAGCAUUACCAAGACUGCAUGGAAGACAUGGAUGGCCGGGCACCAGGCGGUGCCUCGGUGCAGAAUGCCAUGCAGCUGAAGCCGGACCAAGCCAAUGGCUGGAGGAUUCCCUUUAACAAUCAUGAGGGAGGCUGCGGGGCUGCCAUGCGAGCCAUGUGCAUUGGUCUUAGGUUCCCUCACCUUGGCCAGUUGGACACACUGAUCCAGGUCAGCAUUGAGAGUGGCCGAAUGACCCACCACCACCCCACUGGCUACCUGGGAGCUCUUGUGUCUGCUCUUUUUACAGCCUACGCUGUGAAUGGCAAGCCUCCCCAGCAAUGGGGAAAAGGACUGAUGGAGGUGCUACCAGAAGCUAAAAAGUACAUUGUCCAAUCAGGCUACUUUGUGGAGCAGAAUCUUCAACACUGGUCCUAUUUCCAAGACCAGUGGGAAAAGUACCUAAAACUCAGAGGGAUUUUGGAUGGCAAAUCAGCCCCUACCUUCCCCAAGCCCUAUGAUGUGAAGGAGAGGGAUCAGUUCUACACCUCGGUGAGCUACUCUGGCUGGGGCGGCAGCAGUGGACACGAUGCCCCCAUGAUUGCCUACGAUGCCAUCCUGGCUGCAGGAAACUCCUGGAAGGAACUUGCCCACCGAGCCUUUUUCCAUGGCGGAGACAGUGAUUCCACAGCAGCCAUUGCCGGCUGCUGGUGGGGAGUUAUGUAUGGUUUUACAGGAGUGAGUCCCUCCAACUAUGAGAAACUAGAAUACAGAAAACGGCUGGAAGAAAUAGCUAGGGCUUUACAUUCUCUUGGGUCAAAGGAAGACUCUGUAAUUGCCCUUUAGGGAAAUACGAUGUUCAUUUCUGGUGGUUUCUUUUCUUUAUUGUUCCUUUGCUGCUCAGUUUCUUUUCACUUUUUACAAAGUCAAGAGUCUUUGUUUUUUUCAAUUUAUUCAUAAUUUUUUUCUUUAUGAACUAAUGACUUUCAUAAAAUCUACUUAGCAAAACGUGUUACUUAUUUUUUGCAAGCAAAAGAUCAUUUUUAUUUUUUAUUUUAUUUUAGUUUACUUUCUGUCAUUUUUUUUAUUGUUCGAAUAUGGUUGACUCCAUUUUCCCACCACCACGUUCCCCUACCUCCCACCCUCCAUCCUACCCGCCUUUGGCUUUGUCCGCGGAUCAUUUAUACAUGUUCCUUGACAACCCUUUCCCUUCUUCCCCUGUUAUUGUCUUCCCUCUGCCCCUCUGGUUACUGUCAGUUUGUUUUUUAUUUCCAUGUGUCUGGUUAUAUUUUGCUUGCUUGUUUGUUCUGUUGAUUAGGUUCCACUUAAAAGUGAGAGCAUAAGGUACUUGUCUUUUACCACCUGGCUCAUUUCACUUAGCUUAAUGCUAGUCAGUUCCAUCCGUGCUGUCACAAAGGGUAGGAGCUCCUUCUUUCUUUCUGCUGCAUAGAAUUCCAUUGUGUAAAUGUACCACAGUGUUUUGGUCCAUUCAUUUACUGAUGGGCACUUAGACUGCUUCCAGCACUUGGCUAUUGUAGAUUGUGCUGCCAUAAACAUUGGGGCCCAUAGGUUCUUUUGAAUUGGUGAUUCAGGAUUCUUAGGUGACCUAGCAGUGGAAUCACUGGGUCAAAAGGCAGUUCCAUUUUUAGUUUUUUGAGGAAAUUCCGUGCUGUUUUAACUUUGUACUCAGGAAAUUUUGAGAUAAGUCCCUUGGGCACAUGAAAAUCUUCUCGGGCUCCUUUUGUUCUUCCUAAAUCUGUCUUCCUUUCCUGAAAAGUCUUUAUCUCAGUUGAUGGGGUUAGCAUCUCCCAAGCUAGAAAUCUCAUAGCCUUCUACUUGAGUCUUUAUUUUCAUCAGCUAAUCUCUCACUAAACUUUUUCUGUUGUUUUAGGUUGGGUUCCCCCAGAAGUGGACUCUGAGACAAAGAUUUGAGUACAAGUCGUUUAUUUGAAAGGUGAUUCCAGGGAGCACUGGUAGGACCAUGGGGAAGUGAGACAGAGAAGGGAGGGGAGACAGUAUGAGCAGGUUAUCACUAUCAACAAGUGAAACUCAGUCCAUUUGGCUUCUCUUUGUAAGACAUUCCUCACAGUGGUCCCACCUGAGGUACCAGCAAACCUGGGUUUGCUUAUUUGUCCACCGACUUCCAUCUGACAUUGUUUGUCCUCACUGCUGAGUUCCUGGUGCUUCUUAGCCUGCCUCUUACGCAAGCCAAACACCAAUGUCUCAGGUAAAGAUCAGAGAUGCUUGCAGUGGCAAGCUGUAAGGUGCAUGGGAACAGCAAGCGUUAUAUGUAGGAUCCUAACAGAAUCUGCUAAAUGGUUCUGUCUUCUUAAUAUCCUUUAAACCUACCACCUCUUUUACCUUCUUGCACCAAGUAUUUUUCACUUGGAUUUCUGAAAUCCAGGCCACUCAAGUAUGGGGAGAUUCUGCUUCUGGCUGUUGUUUGAAUUUCCUGGGCAUGGCGCUUAAGAUGUUAUUAGUUUGUUGUUGCCUAUUUACUUGCUUUAUUCUCUAGAAAGAACUUAGCACACAGAAAUAUGUAGUCAAUAUAUUUUAAAUGAGCAUUGUUAAUUAGCCUCCUAUCUCCAGUCUUGCUUUCUUCAUUACCCGGCUUUACAAAUAACAAAUUGGUCAUGCUGAACUUCGAAACGUGUUCAAUGACUACAUCAUCCCCUCUCUUAAUUUCCUGAUGCUCUUCCCUCUCCUCUUUUACUUGGCAAGUUCAUACUCAUCCUUCAUGCCUCAGCUCGGGUAGACCCUCCUAGGUGAAACCUGCUCUGGUUAUUCAGGCACAUGGCAGCUUUCUCUUUGCCUCAUGCACAGCCUUCUGUCCCUAGCUUCAUCACAUUGAUUCUGUUGUGUGGCAAUUGUCUUCUAGGGCAACUUCAGGGCUCCUUAUGAGGGAUGUGUCUUACUGUCUUUGUGGCCUCUCUGCCUGGCCCCUGAGAGACAUUCAACAAAUGUUUAGCCUAGAAGUUUGAGAUUUGUUGAUGUGAAUGUGUUCUACAUGCACAUCUAGCCGUUUCCUGUGCCUUCUGCUUCACGGUUGCCAGGAGUGACCUGGCCAAGAUACACUGAGAGAGACUGAGAGAUCGAUGCUUUAAUCAUGCCUAUACACUGGCAUAAAUGGGACAAGGCUCUCAGGUAUGUAUUUGAAGCAGGAUUCUAGCAAAGGCUUGGGAUUUCUCAUUUUUUUAUACAUAAAGGGAGAGAGAAAUCCUGAAGCUCUUUUUCUGGCUCAAAAAACUCUCACAUGUAUUUAUAUAUUUCAGAAAAAAAGAUGUGUUUUAAGUAUUACAAGAAGGACAGCAGGUGCUUCAGCCGGACAAACCAAUCAGAAUUACAGACUUUUAGGGAUGGUGGGUUGCAAUUCACAGGACAUAGUAAUAAUAAUCUUUCAAAAUUCAGGUGUCUUAAAAGACUCUUUUGCAUAAAUAUUUUGAGGACAGUUUUAGAGUAAUAGAAAAAAGUAUAUACAUUUUUACAUAAGAUUCCCGAGCAGACAAUUAAGAUGGAGACUCUUGGGUCUAUUUUCAGUUUCCCACUUGAUUAAAGCUGACUUCGUAAUGCAGAAUACUGUGUGUUUACCUGUAGCUGUAGAAGAGAAAGCAUUUUCUUGAGUGUGCGACUUGUUAAGGUGAUAGGAUGGUGGUGCUUUGACGUGGUCUGAAAGUGUCUACUGCCGGUGCUGGCUCUAUGUCCUCCUGGGAGGUACAGGCCAAGGUCAACCGCUGCUUACGUUCUGCCUGGGACCUCCCAGCAUGAGCUACAGAACUAUCUGCUGAUGGCCACUACUUGUGCUGGGCUUAGGGGUGCCCAGGAGAGGCCAAGCAGUGAACCAAGGCCAGCUACCACUAGUGCUAAGCCUGGGGCCACUUAGCAAAGGGUCCAGGGCAUGCUGAGGACACAUGCUGCUUGUUUGAGAGAUUUUAGGAAAGUCUGAGGCGUGAACCAAGAAUAUUUGCACGGAAAAGCCACUGGAACAGCAUAUUGGGUGGCAUGGGGCCUUAGGGACUCACCAGGGGUAGGGAAACAGUGUGAGAGACUCAGACAUGGCGCCUGCCCACUAUCUCUGUGGAGAAGGGGCUCAGCAAAGAAACUGUGGACAAAAAGGGGCUACAUGCUAAGCCUGACAAGCUUAGGGGAGGCCUACAUUGCUGCCUUACAAACUCAGGGACCUAAAGUCAGCACAUGGGGUGGUCUGAAAUUAAAAAGUUUCUAACUAAAAGCAGGUCAUGACAGUUAGUCAUGUCAUAGGCUAGAAUCUUCCCUAACAAAAGUCAGUCUGUACCUUAACUGAGCCUGUCUGCUGUGUUUUUGCAUCUGUGAUAACAUACCGCUGAAAUGUGAAGUUUCCUUUUUUUCUUCUUUUUUAUUGUUGUUCAAGUACAGUUGUCUCCAUUUUCCCACCACUUUUCCCCGUCCCACCCACCCUUACCUCCCACCCUCAAUCCCACCCACUUUUGGCUUUAUCCAUGGGUCCCUUGUACGUGUUCCUUGACGACCCUUUUCCUUUUUUGUAUUAUCCCCUUCCCGCUCCCCCUGGUUACUGUCAGUUUGUUCUUUAUUUCAAUGUCUCUGGUUAUAUUUUGCUCCAUUCUUUGUUUUGUUGGUUAGGUCCCACUUAUAGGUGAGAUCAUAUGGUAUUUGCCUUUCACCACCUGGCUUAUUUCACAUAAUGCUCUCUAGUUCCAUCCAUGCUUGUCACAAAGGGUAGGAACUCCUUUCUUUCUGCUGCAUAGUAUUUCGUCGUGUAAAUGUACCACAGUUUUUUGAUCCAUUCAUUUACUGAUGGGCACUUAGGUUAUUUCCAGCACUUGGCUAUUGUAAAUUGUGCUGCUGUGAACACUGGGGUUCAAAUUUUCUUUUUCCAGAUUCCUCAAAGCACAGAUACCUCACCACGGGUAGACCAUAGAUCCUCUCACUGUUACUGGUAUAAUGUUAAUUAUUGAGUGUUAAUGAUCCUGUACUUACCUAUGUAAAAGAAAUAUGUGUCUAUCAUUUUACUUUUUAUCCAAUUCCUGAUGUUUCCCCAUUUUGCUUUUUCCCACCUCCCUAAUCUAUCCCCAGUGGAUUUCAUGUAACCCACUUAUGUCUUCUCUUUUGAUUGUAAUGUAUAAAAUAGGAUGCAAAAUUGCCAUUUUUCAGAGCAUUUUCUCAAUCCAUUGAGGUUGUUUCCAGUGAUUGUCAUCAGUUUAGCUCAAAUAAACUCAUAAAAAUUCUUA